CUUUUAACACCAAUGGCGCGUGUCUUCGUUCGACAGCGGCCAAAAACACCAUCAUGUCAUCACGACCAUUCAUCUCAUACAAUUUUAAGACAAAGAACAUUCAUAAUACAUAAUUCGACUGCUUGUCGCUUGUCUUAUCAGUUUGGAACAUUUUCUCCGUCUAAAAUCUCAAUGAACCGAGUCAGACUGAAACGAUGUCAGCUAUCAUGUUUUCUUAUCGAUCUGGUCUGGUCGUUCUAUGUGUGCGCCCAAAAGGGACUUUUUUGGGCCAGCAAAAGUUAGCAUUUUGCUCAGAUCAGUAUUGAAAAUGCGUGUGUGGCUCCGAGCCAGAAAAAUGUCAAAUCUCGAUUUGUCCUUUUCGACCUUGGUUGGGGCCGGAUCAAUAUGCGGCGCGGAGGGUAGGUGCAGAGCAAAUCGUCACACGACAGCUACAUAAAAAAGCACUCAAAUUAAGUAAAAAUGGAGCAAUUAUGUUAGCUCCAUGAAAUGCCCAGACACCAAACGCAAGAUCGGAAUUAGAGCAAUUUUCUUUUCAACCGCUUUUGCCGAUCUAAAAUUCUCACCACGACGAUGCAGCCAAUUGAAAAUUUCACCCUCGCUCACUUUUGUGGCUUGUGUUCAAUUUUUUUAGCCUGAUUCUGCCCCCAAUGCGGCGCACAAGUGAAUACAUAGUGAAAACCCGUAGCACUCUAUUACAUAAGCGGCUGAUUCGUGCCCUGGCGGUCGAGAGGUACUGCCGCUCUGUUCCGCGAGACCACUUUUUGAGCGGUACAACCUGCUUCUAGUGUUUUCCACUUAUUUGUUCAAGGCAUGUAAAUUUGUUAAAAAAAAAUACCCCGCCUACUUCUAAAAGACCAGGGACGUGUAUGGGCACGGCACGCGCCGCAUGCCUAUCACGCGCCUGAGACAUUAAUGAUCUCGCAGCAGAAUCCAUUUUUUAAAAUCCAUUUGUACAAUGCUUUGCCAGUUUAUAUAAAUUUAGAAUUAUAACAAUAUCUUAUGUAUGACCUCGCCAAAAGACAAUAAAGAUGAUGAUAAUACAUCCUCUUCUUCACUUUUGUGAACGUAUUAUAUCAUUGCCCCGAGAAUGACCAAAGAUUAAAUUUCAAUUUGGCCCAUCGCAACUCAUGCUGUCUUGUCCACGAGCCCGCCUCGUGUUUUACAUCAAUUAUUAUGUGCGUAUGUAUCUACUGUAACACGCACUUCAAGCACUUUUCCCUUGUGAAGGAAAUUUUGACAAAAAUUAAACAGGAACUUCUUUCCUUUCACCCAAUAUGUUGCCGAUGACGUUUGUUUAAUUUGCAUCGAAUCAUGAGAGCAAAAAGAUUUGCUCAACUCGAUAGCUAGACGGACAAGCUCUUGCUCUCAUGGGUGCCGGAAACGAAAAUAAAAAAUGGGAAUUUUGGUAUCCAGGCAGACUGCUUGUCGAGUGAGCGAAACAGCUGGGCUGUGGGUUUUGUUAACACGUAAGAUUACUUAAAAGCUCGGUGAAUUUACCUUGGAAAUUGUUUCUGGACAGCUGCGGCACCUUCUCACUGAGAAUUAGGGUCGUGAAUGACUUUGUGUGGCCGACUGCGACUGGAGUGGAGACUGCAGACAGUGCCAACAAGGUCAACGUAGGUCAAAAUAUUAGUGUUUGAUUUCACGAAUACGCCCCCUUAUAGUUUAUUCGCUGCCAACAUCCAAAUUUUCCAUCAGAUGUGAAAUAAUUUUUUUGUCGCUGCGAACUUCUUAGAACUUAAAAUUAAAUUGUUCGAUAAGAUUUUAAAAUUAAAUUUAUUUGCCAUUAUUUACACUUUGGAAUUUUAAAAUGCGUACUUUUAAUAAAUUUGAAUGCACGUUUUUGUGGCAGCACUGAUUCAAUGUGGCUUCUUUGUUUCGCUUCUGGAACAGCAGUCCGAUGAGCAGGAUAUAAGGUGCGUACGAUGUCAGUUGAGAGAAAGAAAUACGACUGUCCGGCGUUACCUAAAGGCUGGCAACGAGAAGAAGUGAUCAGGAAAUCGGGUCUCUCGGCUGGAAAAGUUGAUGUUUAUUAUUACAGCCCGAGUGGAAAAAAGUUCCGAAGCAAGCCUCAACUCGCUCGUUACAUCGGGGAUGGACUAGACCUGGCCACUUUUGACUUUCGCACCGGCAAAAUUAACACCAUGUUGAGCAGGAAAUCCAGCAAGAAGCACAAGAUCGGAGUACCGUAUGACUUCAGUGCGCCUUACGACGCGUCAGCCGGAGGCCGUCGCGAGGCUUUGCAGAGUCAAAACAGAGGCGUGAGGAACGACUCGUCGCUGGUGCCGCCGAUAAGACAGACGGCCUCGAUUUUCAAGCAGCCCGUGUCUCUGUACAAAAACCAGGAGGGCAAAGUCAAGUCUGACUUGAAACACGGCCCUCAGGAAAAACCGAAACAGCUCUUCUGGGAAAAGCGGCUGGAGGGCCUGAAGGCGUGCGACAUCGACGGAAACGAAUUCUGCUCGAUGGAGCUGCCAAGGGGCUUGAAGCCGGUCGGGCCGUACGUCGCGGACGACACGAUCCUGCAGUCGGUCGCCACCGCCCUCCACGUCUCCAUGCAGCCAAUCACCGGCCAGAUCGGCUCCCGAUCAGCCCUCGAACGCAACCCCGGCGUCUUCCUCAAUCCAGAGCAGCCCCUUGUCCAGGCUGUGUCGGUGGCUGAGGACGACAUAAAGCGGCAGGAGGAGCGAGUGCUGAGUGCCAGGAAGAAGUUGGAGGAAGCCCUUCGUGUGUAGUGUGUCUCGGAUCAAAUUCUGACCGGCGGCGGACUGGAUUGCACUUAUUUUGGUGGCGUUUGCAUUUCUACACACGGUUUAAUUAGCACCCGCGCGCAUUUACAUGGACUAUUCCCUGACAAGAAGUGCCCCCAGAUAAUUGGAACUGUAUUAUAAUUAAUUGUUUCUCGUUCCUCUACUGUGUACUGUAACUUAAAUUAUUUCAAAAUUGUAAUUUUGCCUGUCUUUGUAUUAUUUUGAACAAUAAAAUCGAUCGAUGUGACAACACCCA